AUGGUCAAGAAACUGAAUUAUCCAAUUGACAAAUUCUGCUGUACCGUAGAUGCAGUCAUCUGCGACUGCUGCCCAGAGGUAGACGCACUUCCAUGCGAUAAAUACAUCAAAAGAAGCACAGAAGUCAUCAACAAGCUGAAGGGAAUCAAGCAGAGAAUGUUUCUAUUCACAAAUGGUACAAAAUGCAGGGCAAUGAAAAUACUGAAUUUGAUUGGACUCGAAGACGUGUUCGAGAAGGUGUUCUGUGCUGAUAAUGCUGAAUGUGACUACAUAAUGAAGCCAAAUCCAAUCAGCUACUCAUUUGUUGAAGACUAUCUACAGAUUGUUGAUGCACGUAAAAUCCACUUCUUUGACGAUAGAAGGAAGAACGUGGUUGGUGCCAAGAAUGCAGGAUGGAAUGGCUAUCAGGUGAAUGAGAACCUGAUUGAGCAGAUCGACAAGGCAUUGCAGCAGAUCGAGGUUGAAUCUGAGAAAAGUGGUCUUCUACAGAAAUCGACUCAAAACGUUGUUACAAGUUGUGACACAAAAAGAGAGGAGAACGAGUUGGAAUGA